AUGGCACCACCAUGGCUGUUCGUCUUGCUAUCCGCCGCUCUAUGCGUGCAUUCGCGCCCUCAAGAUCCCAAUGCCCCUGCAGAAGCUGCAGCCGGGUCAGACGCCCUGGCUCCGAUAAUGAACCUGAAGUCUUCGGAACCGUCCCAAGCCCCCCCCGGUAAGGCCUGGGGCAUGGGGAGCUUGACAGUCCCGAUGGCUGUCAGGAGAUCGUGGAUUGGGUCCCGUCUCUUUCCCGAUAAACGACAGGCCGGCAAUGCGGGCGCCGAUCCGAACAACACAGACAACGCGGCCGGUGCCCUCGUUCUGGUCAUAGAGCGCCGCGAAACGCCGAAACUGGUGAAGCGGACCGGGGGCGCUGAAGCCUUGGACGAGAGACUGCAACCUCGCUCCGACAUUGCAUACUACACCACCCUCAAGUUUGGCAACCCUCCCCAAGCCAUCCGCGUCUUGGUAGAUACCGGGUCGUCGGAGCUUUGGAUCAACGCAGACUGCUCGACCUCGGGCUCUUCCGCCGAGCAGGCAUUUUGCACCAGCAAGGUCGGCAGGUACAACUCGAACAGCUCGAAUACAGCUUCAUCCUCGGGGGAAAAGAGCGGCAUCAGGUACGGAAGCGGCUCCGUCAACUUUACCUACUUCAUCGACGAUGUGGCGCUCGCCAACUUGCCCAACUCGCCCGCCAUGAAAGGCGUCAAGUUUGGAGUGGCCACGUCGUCGCGCAUGAUGUCGUCGGGCAUCCUGGGCAUCGCGGCCGGAAAGGGCGUCUCAACCAAGUACAAGAACUUCAUCGACCAGCUUGCCGAUCAGGGCUUGACGAGAAGCAAGUCGUACAGCAUCGGGCUCGGGCUCAAGGGCGAGAAGCAGGGAUCAAUCAUCUUCGGGGGCAUCGACUCGUCCAAGUUUGUCGGCAAGCUCAAGCCGCAGCCCAUUAUUCCACCCGCCAAGUCCCCCGAUAAAGUGCCGCGCUUCUGGGUGCGUCUUGACUCCAUCUCGCACACGGCUCCCGGCCGGGCGAGCGGCAGCAGGCUGGGCAACUCGACCAUGCCCGUCAUCCUCGACACGGGCUCGACCCUGGCGCUUCUCCCGACGAGCUUGGUCGAAGAGAUGGCGUCUGCCCUGUCGGCUGGCCCAGCGGACCAGACUGGCCUGCGCCAGGUCCCGUGCCAGAUGGCCGAGCGAGCCGGGUCGUUUGACUUUGCCUUCGACGGCGUCACCAUCAGAGUGCCAUAUAAAGAGGUCAUCAGGCAGCAACAGGUGCAGUCCAACGCAGGCAUUGCCAGCCAGUGCUACUUGGGCGUCAUGGAGAGCGACAGCCUGGCGCUGCUCGGCGACACGUUUCUGAGGUCUGCCUACGCCGUCUUUGACAUUGAUGGAAACAACGUCCUUCUGGCCCAGUACGCCAAUUGCGGCGAUACUCCCAGGACGGCCCAGUCGUCGGAGUUUGCGAACAUGUCGGGACAAUGCGGGCAACGAGACUUGGCGCCCAACACCCGCCUGGCCGAGAGCGGAGAGAACGCACAGACAGAGACAAAGGCAGAGGGCGGCAGUAAUGGGCAAAGCGCAGCCGCUGGCAGGCUGGCGGCCAACACAAAGGGGCUCGCAGCGGCCGUCGGCGCGGCCUUGGUCCUCACCUUGGGGCUAUAA